GGUCCCGGAAAAUAUAGAAAGAAUCAUUGUAGAAUCGUUGCAGUUGUAUUUUUCUACGAUUAGUCAACGCAAGGGUUUUGUCCUUGUUUUAGGGGCUUUUGACAAGGCUGUUGCAUGUGUACAUAAAAUCUUGUAACUUUAUAUUCCUUGUCAGCGCAUUUGGGAGAUGUUUCUCCGACUGUAUAAAACAAAUCUGUAAGCAGGUUGACCUAUGUCUGUGUCUAUGGCACGCCUUCCUCCAGAGUCCCAGGGAGUCUGGCAGGCUUCUGAAUAUUGCUCUAGAAAUACUGUUUACUGUGUAACAUGGAAUUCCUGUUUUUUCGGCUACCUUCCCCAGUCAGGCAAGAGAAAACCAUGGCUAAAUGUAACAAUGCACGAAGGUAGCUCGCGACCAAACUGCUUACUGUUCCUGGGAAGCUGAUUAAGAGAAAAACCCAGUCUAAAUCCACAGAAAAACUGGCAGUUCGCUAGUUUUCUCUUCCCGAACUCUUAAGAGCAGCAUCACUUGACCUCGUUGCUCUUUUUUCGACUUAAUUUAGUGGCGCCACCUAACUAGAGCCGGGAUCUGUGAGGGGCGCGGGACGAGAGGGGGAAGAGGAGGCCUAAUUCUUGCCAUCACGGAGGAGUUUGAGGUUCUUUCUGGUGUGGAUGAGGCGACUUAAUGCUCGUUUGUUCACUCUCGCUCAUUUCAGACGUUACCGCAGAGCCCGUGUUAAAGCUGGGACUCAAUGCGGCUGGGAUGUCGUGAAAACCCUGCCUGGAAAUUACAUUUGCUUUUUUUGAAUUUGGUUACCCGCGACUCUUGCCCUGCCUGCUCCUGUUAACAUGCCCGACUAUAAAAAGAGGAUGGGUGAAAAAGAGCAGUGGGCGGCACGUGCUUCGUCCCUAUGGCUUUAUUACCGCUCAUCUCCCCGAGCGAAGAGUGGGAGCGGCCUAGGGCGGGGAGAUAGCACGUUUCCUUGGGACCCGGCAGAGUCUAAUUCUGACUCGGUCUCUUUAAAUGAAAUCCCGCCUUUCCCUCCCGCCCCGUUUGUCUUCUGACGUCCCACCAUACUGGACCAAUGGCAUAGGUCGUAAGGGGAAGGCGGGAGAAUGUGAACCGGCCGCACCUUAUAAGGACAUGGCCUUGCGCAUGCGUACUCUGCGGAUCGAAGGGGGUGCGAGGAAGGAAAAAGAGGCGGGGAGUUCCAAGUGAGGCAGGAGAGCAUUUCUCUUAGCCCCCCCCGCCCCUUCGGCCGAUUAAAGACGCAGCCACCUGAGAGUCUCCCUCACAGCCCCCUUUCCCCCCUUCCUGCCCUGGAGCGAUCCGAGCGGGUUGAACGAAGAGGGAAGGGGGUGUCACGUCCGGUAACGAUGUUGGGGUCGCCGGGGCAACAGCCCGGGGGGGCGGGGUCUGGGGCGACGGCCGGGGCGGCUGCCGGUUCUGCUGCCCCUGCCGCCGGCGGGGCCGGGGGCAUCGCGAGCUUCCCGUGCGGAGGGGCGUCUGAGAAGCUGUUGGCGCGCUACGUGCAAGACUACCUGGAGUGCGUCGAGUCGUUGCCGCUGGACAUGCAGAGGUUGGCCUCGCUUCUGCGCGAGAUGGACACGCGCUGCCGUGAAGCUUUGAAAGAAAUUGAUGAGGUGUAUGAAAAAUACAAAGCAGAAGAUGAUCCUGCACAUAAAAAGCGUUUGCAGCAGUAUCUUCAGCGGGCUUUGAUCAACAGUCAAGAACUUGGAGAUGAAAAAAUCCAAAUAGUUACUCAGAUGCUUGAAUUAGUGGAGAACAGAGCCCGGCAGAUAGAAUCCCACUCUCAGUGCUUUCAAGAUCUGUCUGAUACUGAAAAACCUAUUGAAAAGUCAAAACAGGAUCCAUGUCAACCAGAAAGAUCUUCACGAAGACCCCGUCGACAACGUACUAGUGAAAGCCGUGAUAUAUGCCAUAUAGCCAAUGGAAUUGAUGAGUAUGAUGACCAGCCACCUAAAGAAAAAAGAUCCAAAUCUGCUAAAAAGAAAAAACGCUCUAAAGCUAAACAAGAAAGGGAAGCUUCACCAGUAGAAUUUGCAGUUGACCCUAAUGAACCAACUUACUGUCUCUGUGACCAAGUAUCUUAUGGAGAAAUGAUAGGGUGUGACAAUGAUCUGUGUCCCAUUGAGUGGUUUCAUUUUUCAUGUGUCGGACUCACUUAUAAACCAAAGGGAAAAUGGUAUUGCCCAAAGUGCAGAGGAGACAAUGAGAAGACUAUGGAUAAAUGUACAGACAAAUCCAAAAAGGAUAGAAGAUCAAGGUAGUAAAUGCUCUAGUGCACAGACAGCUGUGUGGUUUCUAUAAAACUAUUUAAUAAGCAGAUUAGUAUUUUAGAAUAAUGCAUAAAACUAUGCAAUAAUUUUUAAGAUGUACAAUACUAUUGGAAUGUUCACAGAUGUUAAUACUUUUUUCUGCUUUUGAAUAUUCUGCACUAAAUAACCAAAAUUUCCAAACAGGGUCACAUGGGAGUAGCACAGAAGGAAUUUAGGAAUUCCAGAUUCCUCACUUUUUUUAAUUGUGGAAUUAUGGUGAUGUAUGAAGAGGAAAGAUUGGAAAGAUAAUCAUGUUAAAACUGAUUUGUAACAAUUGUGAUUGUAAAUUUAGUUGAAUAUAGCACAUUUUGCUGAGAACAUAUUAGUUCUAUGAUGCUUUUAGUCUUCAGAAUUCUAAAGAUAAUAUUGGAAUCUAUUGCCAAACUUUAAAUUUUAAGCCUUUGAAAAUAUAAAGCCAGUUUUUCUUCGUGUCUUCCAUGUGAUCUAUCUAUAUGUCAUUAACUUAUUUUAUAUUAAUUUUGUGGUGAAUUUAGAAGUCUGUUUAAAGAAAGUAUAUUAAACAAAUACUGGAAGAGUUGCAAUCAGCAUUAAUUACAGUCCUAAAUUGAACUAUUCAUUCUUCUCACUAUGCUCUUCAGUUUCUUCAGUCCUUUUGUGAUAUCUUGUUUAUAAUUCCCUGGAUAUUAAAAAAAAGUAUGUAAUCAUGUCGCAAAAUUUAGAUAUUCAAAAAAUAUAUAAAUACUGUAAGAUCAGUUUGUGAAGUAAGCUUGACUGGCCUUAUAUUUUAUCUUAUUUUGCUUUACAGGCUUUAAGGGCUGAGCAAAGAGCAUUCAUAGGAAAAAGUUGCUAUUCUCUAGAAGAGUAGUCCUAUAGGCAUAGAGAGAACAUACAUCUGAAAUAUAGCAACUUUUAAUGAAAUAUUUUACAUUAAGAAUUAUGGCAGGUCUUUGAAACAAUUAAUAACUAAAAGUAUCCCCAAACUAAAUAUUUCUUUAAUGGAACAGUUUUGAAAUUGAUGAUAUACAGCUGUAGUCAUUUGCCUAACUUAAUGCCAUAGAUUUCCCCAGAUACUAAUUUUAUUUUUCUCUACAAGAUUAGAGUACUUCAUUUUAUUUAUUAGACAUUACAGACUCCAUGUAAGUAAACCUAUUCUAAAGUAAAAAGAUAAGCAGGCCAACAAAAAGUUCCAGUAUUGCAUUCUUGUUCCUAUGGUAUGAAAUAACAUUUGGCCAUUUAUAUUUUGAGCAAGGUUUGAAAAAAAAGCUUGGAUACUACAAAAAUUUCAAAUUAAUUUAAAUAUUCAAAAAUGGUUAUUUUGAAAGCAUGGCAGCACGGCUGCAUCAUGUGGACUAAAGAUAUUCAGCCAUUUAACUAGAAAUUGUUAUACUACGUAAGGACUGGAUUAUUUCAUAUGGCUGUUAUAUCCAUGCUGAAUCUGAAAUUAUGUCUCAUGAAUUAACUGUAACCACUAAACUGACCACAAGGUAUGUCAUGGUCAAAUGGCAUUGCCUUCUAUAAAUAUCAUGUCUUACCUUGUUAGGGGGACUCUAAUUGCACAUUCAUAAUAUAGCUAUGUUUUAAUUUGAAUAUUCCCCCCCCCCAGUUCUGCAAUGGGCAGUUAAAAGGAUAUUCUCACGUACUAUAUGCUUCUGUAGUUGCUACUUCUUACUUUUCUAGAUGAUCCAAGGAAAGAAAUCACACAGUAAUUUUAUGAUUGUGUGUAAAAUUUGGAAGAAUGUUAACUUUAAUUGACUAAUAUGUGCACUACAACAUCAUUACCAUAAAACAGACUACUUACAUAUUCAUAUCUGUUUGUGGACACAAUACUUCUGUACCCAGAGAAUGAUGUGCAUUAACUUCUGAGAAGAACAGCCACAAUACCUGUGACUCCACUUUUGAGAAAAACUGAUUCUUAGUCAACUACAUAAGUAAAAUUAUAAUGCUUCCUAUUUUGAGAAACUGUAUUAUUGCUAUGAAGUUCUGUUUUGAUUUUUUAAAAAAUAUAAUGUUGCUUGAUAUAAUAUGACAAUCUCCUUGGUUCAAAAUUUAUAAGCAUAAGCACAUGGAAAUUAGAAAUGUGCCACCAAAAUGUAUCAGCUACUUGGAUCUAAUAUUUUGCAUGCUAUGAUUUAUGAAUAAAAAAUACUGGUUGUAAAAUUG